GUGCUGGAAAGAUGUCAGCAAGUAAGGGGAAGAGAGGUGUUUUCUCAAAAAAGAAAAAAAGAACUUGCAGUGAUGGAGAGUCAUCGAUCUCAGAUAUUUGGAGUCAGCUGCAUGAAGACGUUGCAUCAAAUCUUCGUAGAAGUGUUGUCUCACUUGUUUUGAAUGCACGCGGAUUUCGGUUUCCAUUCUCUGGUAUUGCCAUAGAAUGCCAGAACAAUGUCACAAAGUUUGUGACAACUGGAAAGUUGGUUAGUGUUCUUCAGACGUGCGACUAUGAAGAAGAGAUCGAAGUGCACUAUGAAGGAAAUGUUGCCACAGGCUAUCUGGACGAAUAUGAUUCUGACUGUCAACUUGCUGUUGUCAAAGUCUUGUCCCCCCUUAAUGUUUAUUGCAUACAUCUUAAUCCUGGGAUGGAAUCUGUGCCCUGUAAGCAGCUAAUAGCUGUAGGGCGUGUCUUUGACGAAUUCAUAGCAACAAGUGGGGAAAUAUCACGUGGAUCUAAAGAUAGAGAAUUUCUUAUAUUCUCUCGUUCCCCUGAGAAUUCGUUAGGGGCGGCAUUUUUUGAUAUAGAUGGAAAUUUUGUUGGCAUGAACCACUGCUAUUUCUUGCCAAGGAGAAUAUUUCUCGAACGGUCAACAUCAAGGGGGGUAUUUCGCUAUGUUGGCAUGAAUGGUUGGUAUGAGACUAAAAGGGGGGAACUUUACUUCCAUCCUAAAGCAUAUGAUGUUGUUGACAAGGAACAAUUUCAGGAUCUGAAUUCUUUGGGUUAUCCUAUUCCAUCAAGGACUAUGGUCAAUCGUGGCAUGAUUUUGGUUAAUACUUGUGAAGAUCCUUUUGGUGAUUUAUAUCCUAAAGGUGUUUGGGGUGAAUUCAGGAAAAGAGUUUCUUCUGAGAUAUCUCGAAAUGUUGUGGCACUUGCUUCUUUCAAAGGAGAAACAAGGUUUUUUGCAUGCACUGGAGUUUUUAUUGACUAUGAUGAUGAGUAUCCGAAAAUUCUUACUUCAGCAAGCUUGAUUAGAGAUCGUAAUGAUCCAAAUAAGAUCGUUGAGGACCUGAGGAUUGAUGUGUUGCUCCCAAGCAAAAAGUGCAGAGUAAUAGGGACAUUGAAACAUUAUAGUUUACAUUACAAUGUUGCUGUAGUCAAUGUUGAUAAUCACCGUGCUCUUUGUCCUAUGAAUCUUGAGAAGCGUCCUGUGAAUCUUCAUGAUUCUCUGGUAAAUAAUUCUACGGUAGUAGCUAUUGGGCGGAUCUUCCAAUCAGGCACGUUAAUGGCUGCAAGUGGGAAACUAACUCUGGGGUCAAGCUCGCUUGAUUGCAAAGUUCUUUGUUACUCCACAUGUAAAAUCAGUAAGGUGGGGAUUGGAGGGCCCCUUGUUGAUGUUGAUGGUAAUUUUAUUGGCAUGAACUUUCAUGGAAUGUGCUACAAUUGUGAGAAAAUAGGAACCCCGUACAUGGAUUAUGAAGAUCUCUGUAGAAUCCUGGAAUGUUUGAAGACAAAAAAGUAUGUAUAUAUUUGUUUUUUUAAGUAUGUCUAGAUUUCUUUUUUUAUU